AGGGUUGGCAACGGUGAUGCGUGUGGAGAGAGACCGCUGGUGUUUGGAGUAGCACCACUGAAGUGCACCAGUCGUUCGAAUCAAUUUCCGAAUUAUUUCCUGUGGCUCUGGUGAAUAACUAUUAUAGCAUGCAAUGACUUUGCACCCGUGGAUGCAUCAUCCGCUUUAGUUUAUUUGCUUGCUUUAUUAAUUUUUUCGUUUUAGGUGAAUGGCAUGUGCAUUUUGCGAGGCUACUUGAGGUGCCAUUGGGAGUGAGUGGUUUUGGCAAUAUGUGUCGCUGGAAUAUGGUAUGCAAUCGCAAGGCUUAUGGAAUAUAGCCUGGUUUGUCACAAUCUGUAUGCGAUCUCAUUCAGCCCGGUGAAAAAUAAACUCUUUCUGCUCGGCAUCAUGUUUUUACUCUGGGUAUAUAUGCUCUACUCCUGCGUGGGCUACUGUGCCACCAUGCCAAGUUUGGUCGUGGACAAUUACCGGGGAAAGGAGACAGGGUCCGUGGUCGGUAAAAGGAUAGAGAAUAACGGCAGAGUGGACCUCAUGUCCCGACUGCUCCCUAGACCCCAACCCUGGGUGGAUAUAGAAUCCGAUUAUGACGAACCCUCUGUCCGGACCUCCUCCAGAGACUUGCUCAAUAACGAUAUAGACGCGUACAGAGGAGCAGAGGACUGGGACGAGAUGAGGGGCGAGGGGCAGAGAGCUCCUGAGCCGGGUGCGAUGUCAAGUUUCUCCAACGGCUCAGGGAGCAAGAAGCUGCCGCAGGCGAUCAUCAUCGGGGUAAAGAAAGGAGGGACGCGCGCGCUGCUCGAGUUCCUCCGCGUGCAUCCAGACAUCAGAGCUGUGGGAGCGGAGCCGCACUUCUUCGACCGUAACUACGAGAAUGGACUGGAGUGGUACAGGGAGCUGAUGCCCAAGACCCUGGAGGGCCAGAUCACCAUGGAGAAGACCCCCAGCUACUUUGUGACCAGAGAGGCCCCGGCCCGGAUCUCCACCAUGUCCCGGGACACCAAGCUGAUUGUGGUGGUGAGGGACCCCGUCACCAGGGCCAUCUCUGACUACACGCAGACGCUGUCUAAGAACCCCGAUAUUCCCACCUUCGAGAGCCUGACCUUCAAAAACAGGACUACGGGGCUCAUCGACACGUCCUGGAGCGCCAUCCAGAUAGGCAUCUAUGCCAAGCACCUGGACAACUGGCUGCAGUACUUCCCCAUGGGUCAGAUCCUGUUUGUGAGUGGGGAGCGUCUGAUCAGCGACCCGGCCGGAGAGCUAGGCCGGGUGCAGGACUUCCUGGGGCUCAAGAGGAUCAUCACAGACAAACACUUCUACUUCAACCAGACCAAGGGCUUUCCCUGCCUCAAGAAGGCUGAGGGCAGCAGCAAGCCCCACUGCCUGGGCAAAACCAAAGGGCGGACCCACCCCAACAUUCACCCAGAAGUGGUGCAGAGGCUACGGGACUUCUACAGGCCUUUCAACAUGAAGUUCUACCAGAUGACAGGACAUAACUUUGGUUGGGAUUGAUGGAUGUGAAUUUGGGAGGACACAUUGUUUGUUAUUUUCUUCUCUGUAAUUCAAUGAAUGGCAAAAAAAGACAUGGGAGAUAUUGCUAUAUAUAUGUAAAAUGUACAGAAAUCUAUUUUAUAAUAAUUUAUUUUUAUUUCUAAGCAAUUAAUUCACUAAGCUGCCUAACCAUAUUGUACAUACAUAACAUCUGACCCACAUUUAGUUUGUAGUUUUUUUUUUUAACAUUCCACAUUUUAUUUUGUUUCUUUACUCUUCCCUUAAUGGUCCCUCAUGUCAACUCAAUAGAGUUAAAAUGGUCCCUCAUGUCAACUCAGUAGAGUUCAAAUGGUCCCUCAUGUCAACUCAGUAGAGCUAAAAUGGUCCCUCAUGUCAACUCAGUAGAGCUAAAAUGGUCCCUCGUCAACUCAGUAGAGCUAAAAUGCAGAUAAGUAAUAAUUGGUGACUGAAAUAAGAAUAGAAGGAUAUUGAUAAAGGCAUCGUUUUAAAGGUAUAGUGUUCACAGAACAGUGAUGAAAAACCCAUUCAUGUGCAUUCUGAUUUAAACAUUCAUAAUCACUUUCACGUUCAAUAGCCAUAAUCAAACCCUUCCCCCUCACAUUGCUCCUUGUCUAGUUACUCCUAUGAGUUUCUGUUCCAUCCAAGUAUUGUGCUUCAUAAUGUGGGUUACCCCUAUCCACAUCCCAUUAUUCUACUGUCCCUUUGGUCUAACCAGCUGAUCUCCUGCCCUGUCAUUGGCCUAACCAGAUGAUCUGAUGUCCCUUUCAUUCAAUAACAGGUGGAUCAAUUGGCCUAAUUGCUGCUCAUUGUGUCAGACAUGGUUAAAGGGUACGUCUGGCCUCCCUCUUGUAGGGCUCCUACAGCCUGUUCUAAUGAAUGGCCCAUCCACCAAAAGCCUAAAUCCUAUUUCUGACCACAUCACUUUGAUAGGGCUCCAUGUUGACAUGAUGCUAAUGGAAUAACGUUACUGAGGCCCAUCGAUUCAGGUCUCCUCUCCACUAUACUCCUCUCCACUAUACUCUUGCUCUCAUUACAAGACACUGUUGGCUCAGAGCCAAAGGUCAUACAAUUAAAUUUGCUCUGAGAGACUUUGAUUUGUUGAAGAGACAGAGGGGAGGAUGCUCUGGGUAAGAGGAGGACUGUAGUAUAGUCCUUGAAUGCAUCCCAAAUGGCACACUAAUUCCCUAUAUAGUGCACUGCUUUUGACCAGAGCCCUGUGACCCCUGGUCAAAAGUAAUGCAAUAUAAAGGGAAUAGGGUGCCAUUGGGGACACAGUAAAUACGCUUGGCCUGAGUUGAGCUAGGAGCUAGCAGUGGCAUAUACAUCUGUCUGAUACAGA